AUGCCCCUUUUGAUUCAAAUUCUUAGGCUUCGACCCAAGUUGGACGCCGCUGAUGAGAGUGGCACGAGAAAGAUGGGUAAAAUUGCAGGAUUUGGUCCCAUUUCAACUGUUUUUCAACUUCGAACACACGUUUUCCACCAGUUCACCAUAAUUACAACGCGGCUAGAAACUGUGUUAAAUGGGCAACUGAAAACUUUUGGCAAGAGCAUGGAGCCUGCCAGUGCACUGCACUUUGAUCGCUGCGUUGCGCUGGAAUCGCGUUGCGUGGAGUACAAGCAAGUACUGCUGCGCACUGAGCAUUGCGUCACUGUUUUCCCAAACACAGCACGAGUCAUUCCGAAUUUCGAUCAUGUGGUGCAACAAAUCGCAUUUUGCCAACACCUCGUGCGAGAUUUUGCAUGUGAUAUCGGCGAUUCCGCAAGCACUUUUAAGGCAGUGGCGACGACAGCCAGCCUUCCCAGCCGCAUGUAG